AUGGCUAGUAAUCAAGAGAAGCACUAUCGCGACCAGCCUCAUCAUCUGCCUCACGAGGGCGGUUCGAGACAUGAAAGUGUAGAGGAAGCUGUUUUCAAAUACGUUGGUGUUGGUUUACAAAAUGAUGAUGACAAUCCCAAGGAUCCCAAGUCCUACGAUAAGCGAGACGGUAGUAAUGUGGUAGAUACAAGUAAACCUGGAGAUGGAAAUCAGGGAAAUGAUAUGGAUUGGCUGUUUAGGAAUGCACACAAUGACGAAGAUAUUGGUGGUGAUAAUAAUGAGAAUUCACCCCGAUUCCAGUCGGUAGCUUUGGCUGCUAUUGCUGCGGCUUAUGGCUCAGGUGCAGGUGCAGGUUCCGGAGAACACAAGAGGAGAAGAGCUAGGGAUGGUGGUGAAGCUAGUGAUGGUGAAGAUGAUGCAAAUGGCAAUAAUGAUAACAGUAACAAUGGUGGAAGACGUAAAAGUUCUAAAAAAUCUAAAAAGAAUAAAGAGAAAAGGGCUAAAUUACAAUUGGCGGUAGAUCCUGAAUUAGCCACUCUAGAUGAUUCAGAUGUUACUAGUCAUGAUCAGUUAGUGCGUAAGGCUAUCAUGGAUACAGAUUCUAUUGCUCAACAUCCCGAUUUCCAACAAUAUUUAAAUACAGAUGAGGAACCCCAGAAAUCAAAAGAUUCUAUGAAACAUAAAGAUAAAAAUCAUCGCCCAGUGGGCGAUCAUGAAGAUGAAGAUGAAGAGGAGGAGGAUGAGGAAGAUGAAGAUGAAGAUGAAGAUUCUAGGGAUACAAGAGAUGUGGAUCCUGCUGUAGUGGAAGCUGCUGCUAGGGAUGAGGCAGAAGAUGACAAUUUAGAUGAUGUUACAAAACAAUAUUCAGAAUUACAAAAGGAUUCAGUUAUGGAUAACCCUGUGACGAAAUCGAUACAGAAGAAAGACUACAGAGAAGUACUACCCAAAGUCCUUUCAUCUUCGGAUAUCGGUGUAGAUACGGAUGUAUCACAUUUGAUUCAAUCUGCUGCUUCUAAAGCGUCUGCUAUCAUUGGCACAACAAGUCAAUCGAGUGGUAAAAGUUUUGAUCAAGCAGAAGAAGCUGCAUUGGAACAAUUCAUUACAGAAUAUCAAACUAUUAAAAAUUUGGAUAGGCAACAGAUUUGUGAGAGAAUUUGGAGUAAUGAAAGACGCAAAGACGAUUUUUGGAGCAAUAUUUGUAAAGUUUUACCCUAUAGGACGAGAUCAUCAAUCUAUAAACACGUUAGGAGGAAAUACCAUGUUUUUGAACAGCGUGGUAAAUGGACCCCUCAGGAGGAUGCAGAAUUAGCACGUUUAUGUGUGGAGAAGGAGGGUCAGUGGUCAGAAAUUGGCCGUGCAUUAGGUAGAAUGCCUGAGGAUUGUAGAGACCGUUGGAGAAAUUACGUUAAAUGUGGUUCAAACAGAGCUUCCAACAAAUGGUCACCUCAAGAGGAAGAAUUAUUGAAAAGAGUAAUUACUGAAAUGUUAGAGGAAUCACAAAGACAUCAUACGAGGGGUACAGAUCAUUUAGUACAAGAAAGUGACGAAGAAGAGGAUGUACCAGCAAGUGAUGAUGAAAAGCAAGAUUUUGACAAGAAGGAUGGCAGAAAAUCUAAUCGAAAGACGUCCUUUAAGGAUGUAAUUAACUGGACCAUAGUCAGCGAACGUAUGGGCGGUACGAGGUCGCGUAUCCAAUGUCGUUAUAAAUGGAACAAGCUUGUUAAGAAGGAAGCUAUUGCUAAGAUUCAAUCGAUUACAGAAACUGACAAGCGUUGGAUUUUGGAAAAAUUAAGAGAUCUAGGUUUUACAGAAGACUCACAAGUGGACUGGGAAGAAUUAGCCGCCCUGAAGCCGGGAGUCAAAUGGACGGGGACGGAAUUAAAACUAUGUUACGAAAGGAUGAGAAGCGGAGUACGGUAUUACAAGCAAAAGUCUAUUAAUGAUAUAUCUAAGGAACUCUUAGAAAUGCUUGACGGUUCUGUUCCGUUGGAGGCUAAAUCGAAUUAA